GACGCGCUCAACAACUCUUCCUUGCACUGCAACCACUCCCGCGGUCCCCCCUUGCUAUGGUCUUGGUUCUUCUCAUCGGUGACCUUCACAUACCACAUAGAGUUCACGACCUCCCCGUAAAGUUCAAGAAACUUCUGGUCCCAGGAAAAAUUCAGCAAAUCCUUUGCACAGGCAACGUAUGCGACAAGGAAACCUACGAAUAUCUACGGACAAUAUCACCCGACGUGCAUGUAGUUAAAGGAGAUUACGAUGAGAGCUCGAAUUUCCCGUUGUCAGUGAACGUUACUCAUCAACCAAUCAGUAUUGGAAUUAUACAUGGGCACCAGUGUGUGCCAAUUGGAGACUUGGAUGGACUUAGUGCUAUAGCGAGACAGAUGGACGUAGACGUGUUGGUUAGUGGGCAUACGCACAACGUACAAGCUAUCGAAUACGAUAACAAAUUCUUCGUCAAUCCAGGCUCAGCAACAGGGGCUUGGACAGGACUUUACAAUGGCGAUCCAACUCCGUCUUUCGCAUUAAUGGACAUCCAAGGACCUGUUGUGGUGACAUAUGUCUACCAACUUGUUGAAGGUGAAGUUCGGGUUGAAAAGGUCGAGUAUAGGAAGGAAGCAGAUUCAGUUGGAGGAGCACCCCGGAGCACAGUUAUGCCUCAGACGAUACCCAGCCCGACUCCUGGAAGCCCUCAAGGUGGUGGUGGCGCUGGUGGAUGGUAGACUUGGCUGUCUGGGUGAAGGCAGUAAGGAGGUCGGAUCUGCUCUGUAAUAGGUGUGUCGCAAGCACGCCUGUUUAACACCUUCAUUGACGUAUGGUAGUGUCCUAGUGUUUGUAUCGUACUUAACGGAAUUACGAUUAUUUCCUUUCUAUUCAUCCCC